AUGGGGGAGGAUGGGCUCCACCUCAGGGUGUGGUGUUCCUGGUGCGGUGAAUGCUCCACCUCACCAUCACCGCAUUGUGUGGUAUUAGUAUUCCUUACAAUCUUAGCUUGGCUCAAUGUUGCAUUGGCUCUUCACAGAUCUCCACCACAAACCCUAAAUUUCCCAACACUCUCUGGUCCCAUUCCUACUGAACUUGGGAAUUUGAAGUCUCUUAUUUGUCUUGAUUUGAGCCACAAUACACUUAGUAGUUCUAUUCCUUCAUCAUUGGGUAAUUUGACAUCUUUGGAUAUCCUAUAUUUGCACCAAAAUCAGCUCUCUGGUCCCAUUCCUAUUGAACCUGGGAAUUUGAUGUCUCUCACUGAUCUUGCGAUGAGUCACAAUCAACUCUCUGGUCCCAUUCCUAUUGAAAUUGGGAAUUUGAAGUCUCUCAUUGGUCUUGCAAUGAGUGACAAUCAGCUUAGUGGUUCUAUUCCUUCAUCAUUGGGUGAUUUGACUUCUUUGAAAAUCCUUCAUUUGUUCCAAAAUCAACUCUCUGGUCACGUUCCUAUUGAACUUGGGAAUUUGAAGUCUCUCAUUUAUCUUGCUCUGUUUCAUAAUCAACUUAGUGGUUCUAUUCCUUCAUCUUUCGGUGAUUUGACAUCUUUGAUUUACCUUCAUCUGGACCAGAAUCAACUCUCUCUUUGGUCUCAUUCCUUCAUUAAACCUCAGCAACAUAGAGGGUCUGUUUCUCAUGACAAUCAAUUAUCUGGUUCGAUUCCACAAGGAUUGGGAAAUGGAGACGUGCUUGAGCUGUCACAUAUAUUUUUUUUGGCCAUUUGCCUGAAGAUUUGUGCCACGGGGGAAAGCUUGAAAAGUUAA